AUGUCUACACCCGCUGAUGAAGCCAAGCUCGAUAUCAACGUUCUGCUGACGAACACUGACAAAGCCGCCCGAGAUGCUGCUGUCACCGAGCUGGUGAACAUUGUCAAGACCGAAGGUCCUCAAGCCUUCGUCCGGCUAGGUCUUGCCGAAGCCAUCCUAAAGGGCCUCCGAGACAAGAAAAAUGCAUCUGCUCGUGAAGGUGCCUGCACUUUACUAUCCGAGCUGUGCACUCAGGGCGUCGGCCACGCGGUCGAACCUUUCGUCCUUGCCCAUGGCGACCACCAGGUGCUCAACGAGCUCCUUGAAGCCCUGGGCGACAAGUUACCCGCCGUUUCCGAAGCCGCCUUGGCUGCCUUGAACAGCCUCGUCAAGAUCAUGACUCCAUGGGCUCUUCAUCUGAUCCUCCCAGUUUUGCUAAACCAAAUCGCCACCGCUGGUAAGUGGCAAGUCAAGACUGGCGCCCUCAAGGUCUUGGACGUCUUGGUCAUCAGUGCCGCCGACCAAAUGGCCAAGGCCAUGCCCGAAAUCGUACCCAUAUUGGCCGCUGCGAUCUGGGAUACCAAGGCUGAUGUCAAGAAAGCUGCCCGUAGCUCUUUGACCAAAUCUUGCGCGCUUGUCUCCAACAAAGACAUUGAGAAGUUCAUUCCAGCACUUAUCUCCGCGUUGAUCAAUCCCGUCGAAGAGGUGCCCAAAUGCAUCCAGCUCCUCGCGGCCACAACUUUCGUUUCCGAGGUUGAUGCCCCAACGUUAUCUUUGAUGGUUCCUUUGCUCACCCGUGGAUGUAACGAAAGGCCCACUGCAACCAAGCGAAAAGUUGCUGUUAUCACCGACAACAUGGCCAAACUUGUCGAUUCUGAGGUCACCGUCCGUCCCUUCAUCCCCCAACUCCUUCCUGCUCUGAUCAAGAUGGCCGAAGUCACUGGUGACCCCGAAGCUCGAGGGGUCGUCAACAAAGCGAUCGCUACUGUACGCCAAGUUGGAAAUGUCCCGGCCGAUUCCGAUGGGACCAAUAUGCCUCCUCUCAAGAAGCACUCUCCCGCAGAUGUUGCCAAGGCAGUCGUUGCUGCUAUCAAGAAGGCUGGUGGCCCGACUCAACGAGCCGGCACCAAUGUUGACUCGCCGCUCGUUGUUUACAUAUCCGAAAUUGGAGCUGCUUUGGUUAACGCCCGCAACUACGAAGUCACUGAAUGGGACUCUGCUUUGAUUCCCUAUGCCACACUCGCUCUCCCACCUUCGAUUGCGACUGAGAAGGCAGCUGGUGUCGUCCGGGAGGUUCUUGAACAAUCGGCCAAGGAGGAGGGCGAUACCGUCGAGGUUUUCGAGGACGAAGAGGAAGGUGAAGACCUGUGUAACUGUACCUUCUCUCUUGCUUAUGGUGCCAAGAUUCUUCUCAAUACGGCCACCCUUCGCCUGAAAAGAGGUCACCGAUACGGUCUUUGUGGAAGGAAUGGUUCCGGAAAAUCCACCCUCAUGCGAGCCAUUCACAAUGGUCAAGUCGAAGGUUUCCCAUCGCCGGAAGAAGUGCGAACGUUCUAUGUUGAGCACGACAUUGAUGGCUCCGAGGCCGAGAUUGCCAUCAUUGAUUGGAUAGAUGCUGAUGCUCGUAUCCAAGCAACCCGAGAAGAAAAGUCAAAAGCCUUGGCGGAGGUCGGAUUUUCGCCUGAUCGUCAGGGUCAUGCCAUCGGCUCCCUUUCCGGUGGCUGGAAAAUGAAGCUGGCCCUCGCCCGAGCUAUCCUUUUCAAAGCAGACAUUUUGCUGCUUGAUGAACCUACGAAUCACUUGGACGUUCUUAAUGUGCAAUGGCUCAUGGACUAUUUGAAGUCUCUCGAGACCUGUACCUCGAUCAUCGUAUCUCACGAUUCGGGCUUCUUGGACAACGUGUGUACCGAUAUCCUUCAUCUAAACAGGUUCAAGAUCAAACGUUACCCCGGAAACCUGCAAGCCUUUGUUCAACGUGUUCCUGAAGCCAAAGCCUACUACGAGCUCUCAGCUUUGGAAGAAUACCAAUUCAAGUUCCCUGAUCCGCCGUACUUGGAUGGUGUUAAGACCAAAGAAAAGGCGUUGAUGAAAAUGAAAAAGGUCGGGUUUCAGUAUCCAACUUCGGAUACCCAACAGCUCUACGACGUUACCUUGCAGGUGUCUCUCAGCUCUCGUGUCGCAGUACUAGGCCCCAAUGGUGCAGGCAAGUCGACUCUUGUCAAGCUGCUCAUCGGUCAGCUAGAGCCCAACAAGGGCGGUGAUGUCUGGAAGCACCCUAACUUGGUUAUCGGAUACGUGGCACAACACGCCUUUCAUCACAUCGAUAACCACCUCGACGAGACACCUCUCGAGUACCUUCUCCAGCGCUACCAGACGGGAGAAGACUUGGAAGAACUCCAAUCAGCGAACCGAAAGUUGACCCCCGAAGAGGAGAAAAAGAUGAAGGAGGGUGCAAUUGUUGUUGUCGAAGGCCAAAAACGGAUUAUCGAGGAUAUUACUAACCGUAAGAAACUGAAACAAUCAUUUGAAUACGAGUGUAACUUCAAGGGACUCUCUUCAUCCGAAAACAUCUGGCUCUCCCGUGACGAGCUCAUCAAACGAGGUUUCGAAAAGAAGAUCUUGGAGGUCGAUAGCCGUGAGGCCCAGAAGGCUGGUCUGCUCCGACCGCUAGUCCGAAAGGAAAUCGAAAACCACAUGAGCAUGUUUGGAUUGGAACCCGAAUUCGUCACCCACAACACCAUGCGAGGUCUUUCUGGAGGCCAAAAGGUCAAAGUCGUGCUGGCGGCUGCAACAUGGCGACGUCCUCACGUAGUUAUUUUGGAUGAGCCGACCAACUACUUGGACCGUGAAUCGCUUGCUGCUCUGAUCGAAUCUUUGAAGACGUUCGAAGGAGGUGUCUUGGUUAUCACUCACAACCGAGAAUUCUCUGAAUCGAUCUGUUCCGAAGUAUGGGCCAUGAGAGAUGGUUACCUGGAGGCCUCCGGACACAAUUGGACCGAGGGCCAAGGUUCCGGGCCAAGAAUCGACAAGGCCAAGGACGAAGAAGAGGAACACUUCGAUGCCCUGGGGAACAAGAUCGAAGCCCCCAAGAAAGUCAAGAAACUGACGUCCAAGGAGGAGCGCAAGAAGAAGAAAGAGCGUAUGGCCCGCCAGAAAGCUGGUUUGGGUUCGGAUGAGGAGGGUGACUUCUGA